UAAUACCCUUGUUCGCGUUGACUAGCGUCCGCAAUACCCAUGAGGCUCUACGACGAUCUCACGCAGCGAGCGUCCGUGCCAUCCUGCUGGUGAAUGGAGAUUGAACUCGGUUCUGCGAGCGUCUUUUUGUCGUUGAUUUUUCUUCGUUCGCAACUCCAACGUGGUGUGGUGUUCGCCCGUCUUUAAUAUCGUAUUAACAUUCCAUUGCGCUUUGGUUUCUUCGAAGUUGAUCUUCGUGGGCCUGGUCGCCCCUUAUACUAAUUGUGUGUUUUUUUAAUUGCUCUAUUUGGUCGUUGGUCGCUUCGUGUGCCGACGAUAAAGUUGGCCGCAUCGGAUAACGGUCGCAAGAUAGCCACCUCUUGAAAAAAACGUGAACGAGGGGUUUCUAGCUGAAGGAGGGGUCAUAAUAAAAUAAUCAUCGCCAUGGCAAGCCUUGAGUCCACGAAGCCGAUGGUGAAAAUACCAAAUAUUAAGAACGGGUUACCUGCGAGACCAAAACCGCCAGUUAAUUACCGGAAGACGCUUCCGCCGUUACCACCGCCAUCGCCAUUACCUUUGCCUUCAUAUCCCGGUGAGAAGAAUAAGGGGCCGGAUAACAGCCGAGUAUCGACAAUCUCGAGUACAUUGGAGUCAUUGCUGACGGUUCUGGGAGGGAGUGGAAGCGAUGGAAGGUUAUCAUUAGGCAUACCGUCGAUGGUGGAGCGGUCUCCGAGACCAGUAUCAAAGGACCUUAGACCAGAGACCGCUGCUACCGCAACAACUGUAGAAACUGCGAUAUCAUACUCGACUACACGAUCGCAACGAACUAUCAAGUACGGCACGGGAAAAUUUGCGAACGUCGAACUAUCUCCGCAGCCUAGUGAGGACCCCGAGGAUCCCUUAAAUUGGCCAUUAUGGAAAAAGCAUCUAAACUUAGGAGCGCUACUUUCCAUGGUAGCACUAGUGGGGACGAUGAAAACAGCUUACAUCAGUGUAAACAGCGUUAUCGCGAUGGGGGAAUGGGUCUCAUAUACAGCAGCGGUUGCCCUAACCGCCGUUCCCUUACUGUUAUCUGGGAUAACCGGGUUGGCUUCGUUAAUAAUAUCGCGGAUAUGGGGCAAGCGGCCAGUAUACUUGAUUUCAAUGGUAUUGAUAUUUAUAGGGACCGCUUGGAACACAAGAGUGAGCGGAGAUAUAGCGCAGAAUAUGACUGCGAGGGUAUUUCAGGGAUUGGGCUGGGGCGCUUUUGACACUCUAGUCCUUGGAUCGAUCCAUGAUACAUAUUUUGAGCAUGAAAGGCAAUCCAAGAUUAUUCUUCAUCAUGCCAUUUCAGUCGCGACUAUGCUGGGCUCUCCGCUCCUUGGAGGUGUUGCUUCAGCUGGUUCUAAGGGAUUUGAGUUGCAAUUCGAGAUUAUGAGCGCUUUCCUAACGAUCUCGAUCUUCUUGAUUGUGCUGGGCGCUCCGGAGACGGCGUACGAUCGUGCUAUAUUAGACGUCCAGGUGCCAACCAUUACACGUUCCCAAGCGCUCUGGCCUAAUAUAACCUUCACAAAGGCGGCCGUCUUGCGGUACGUGGCUGAGAUGAAGCCUUGGUCAUUCCGAGCGAACGAAAUCAACUCAUCUUUAAUAUUGCAAGCCCCCCGUGCGAUAGCGGCCCCUACAAAUGUGCUCCUUUUUACCGUCACACUUAUCCCAUAUGCCGGUUUCUGGAGUAUAGUGCAUUCGCUUUCAAUGCUCUUUUCACCCCUCCCUUUCAUGUUAUCCUCCGCAUCCAUUGGUUCCUUAAUGACAGCCCCGUUUCUUCUCGCUACCCCUAUCGCUGUCGCCCUUGCUUUUCCUUCGUUUCUCAAGCGCUUUUCGCGAAUUGUCCAUCUCGCAAUCCUUGCUAUUGGUACUACUUUGGCUUCAAUUGGGAUGUUAGGAUUUGGUCUUUACCUCUCUGGCUCGAUGAACACGCCUAUAGAUAGUGAUGUGGAGCCUUUUACUAUGCCGUGGAGUUAUGGGCUGAACCGGGUCAGUCUCCCGGUGGCGUCAUUCCUGCUCGGUCUUCUAGCAGCCGGGUCUCUUACUCUAGAUAGCACGUUCUGGCCCGUCAUCCAGCGAUCCACGGCUUUCACUUCGGCCAGCCUGGCGGUUUGCCUUCGUAACACAGCGGAUAUGCAUGGCGGCCUGACAAGCUUCCGGAAUCUUGUCGCGGGUACCCUUAUUCUAGGCCUACCUAACACGGUCCUCUCGUGGGAUGACCUCAGGACUGCCACAUUAGGUAUGGGAAUUACGCAGAUUAUCAUAGCGAUAGCAGCGUGUGGGGUGUACUGGUAUUUGGAUGAGAAUUUGAGACGGCUCGACGGCCAGGUGAUGGGUCUUAUCGAUUUGUCUAUGUUGAAGAAAAAUGCUAGCUUUUUUGAGACAGAUUAAGUUAGGUGUUUCUACCUCGGGUGACUUACCAUUUUGAGGUAGAAACUCGACUCCAGGGAUACAUAUAAAAGGUAUUUGUCAAGUUUUGAGAUAUUUUUAGGAACAACUACGCCAUACUAGGCGCGAUGACCCAAGUGACCAUGUAAAUAAAUCCCUUACAUGCGCUUUCGCUCUCC